UUUCAUUACAACGCAAAAUAACAGACCGAAGUCUUCGCAGUUUAAUUCGUGUAGAUAUCACUACUCGGAGAACUUCUUGGAACUGUGGAAUAUAAAUAUAUAUUAUUUUACCCAUUCACAGAUCAAGAAAAGUACACAGCAUUACCAAACAAAACGAAAUAUCAAAUGAACGAAAUCGAAGUUCAGACAGACUAUGGCAGACAAAAACAAAAUAAUUGGAAACUAGUGCAUUAGCGGAUGGUAUAUAUAAGUUCUUCUAAUACAUCUUAAUUGAAAGAACGUCUGAGAGCGUGUAGGUAGAAUUUAAGAUAAGCAUUGCUACAUAAGUCAGUUCGCACACAAAGAAACAGCAAAGGACAUGAGCUUCUCGCACACCACAAAGGCAAUCAAAGAAUACGCAUAUGGAAACAAUAGAAAUGUCAGUGGAUAAUCCCAUUGUAUCAAAAUCAGAUUCAAAGGGUGACGGGAUUUAUUGUUCUGCAACGAGUGAAAACAUAGAAGGUGCUCUUGCUUCUAGUCUACCCGAAACGGAUAUACAGAUACAGAAGAAACCUGGCGAACCAUAUACGGUGAAAAGGCAACAUAAAUGGCAGGUGGCAGAAGCGGCAAAUAUGUCCUCAGAGAUUGAGUCCGAAACGAUAGAAACUAUACAUUCUAAGAAGUCAACCGAAACAACUGGGCCUGAUGUGGUACAAUCGCGCCGAACUUUCGGGUCUUCAUGGCGGGGUCGUAAAGUUCAGUUGCAGUCAUGGUCAUCAAAAGAAUUGUCAGUCAAUACGAGAGCUGACAGUUUGCGAAGCAGUUCAUACGGACAAACUAUGAAUAAACGCACCAGCCAAAAAUUGGAAGUCCGACAAAAACAAACACGCUCUGACCAAGCUGAUUGGCGUUCUAGACCAAGUAAUGACACUUUUGAAUUUCAAGACGAGGAAAUUAUGUCAGAUCUUUCAGAUGAAGACUAUAUUCUAGAUUCAAUGCUUACUAGUACAGAAAAGCUAUUAUUGGAUAUGAAAAAACCUAAACGUGCACAAAUAGACAGUAAUUCAAACAUUGCAAAUAUUGAAGAAAAACGGAAACAUCUGACAAAUGAGUCAAAGAAACAACGCCAAAACUCCCACGAUAUCAUUCAAGCUGAGAAAAGAAGUGGUAUGAAAUUGAAAUUUAGUAAGACGUUAUCAAUGAAGAAACUUACAGGAAAAGAUUCAAAAUCAGUACUUACAGAAUUAACAAAGUCCGAUGUUGCAUUGAAAGAUUGCAUUGACAAGUCAAGGGAAGACAAUGAUUAUCUUGAAUUAUUUUUGGACAUUCUUGCAAAGGCGUUUGUUUGCGACGCAUUUCCAAACGCAAUGAUAAUGUUAUAUGAAACGUUAAAAGAAAACAGGUUUUUCGACGCUUUGGUAUUGUUUCUUAUUGAUCUCCAAGAUCGUAUAGCAGAUACGACAAACAUUUCAAAGUAUGAAAAAGUAUUGAAGGACAUCCUAAGUAUAAUUGUUUCACAGAUAACAAGAAAUCCGUCAUCGGUUACUGUCUUUUCGAGAGUUUAUACCGCCUUGGGGCAGAUUAUUAACGAAAUGAAAGAAUUAGAAGAUUAUGUUCUGAAUGAAGAAAUACAGGAUAGAUUCACGUUGUUUUCAGAACGAAAGAAAGCAGCCGAAAAGAUGUUGAAAUCGUCCUUGAGGGCAAAAGACAAAAAUCAGCCACCCGAAGAUUUUAGAAUUAUACAGGUUACACCAGGUGCAAACGAAAUAAGAGGUGAUGUUCAACCGUUUCUUAGACCUAACAAGAUAGAAGGAGAAUACGAGGACUUGGAUCAUUAUUUAGACGUACAAUUCCGGCUUUUGCGGGAAGAUUUUGUUGGACCUCUUCGUGAAGGAAUCUCGGAGUACAUAAGAAAAAACAUGGUCAAACAAACUGGUAAAGGACAUCAGAAAUGGAAUUCCGAUAUCAAGAUCUACAACGCGAGGAUCUAUUCGCCAAUCGUCACUGAGCAUGGCUUUUGUUACCAAAUGAAGCUAGAGAUGACACCACUCAUUCGCAGAACAAACUGGUCUGUAAGCAAAAGGCUUAUUUACGGAUCUUUGGUGUGUUUAACUGAAGACGAAUUUUCAACUUUUACGCUAGCCACGGUUGUAGGAAGAGACGAGGAGGAUAUUAAACGCGGUCUUUUCACCAUACAGUUAGAUGGAACCAUUAGUUCUGUGGAUUUGUUACAUAAAGUUUUUAAAAUAGCAGAAACAUCUGCAUAUUUUGAAUCUUAUAAACAUGUUCUCACGGGCCUCCAAGAAAUAAGGACAGGUGAUAUGCCUUUCGAAAAAUACAUCGUGCAUUGUGAAAGUAAAGUAGACAAACCUGCGUAUCUUACCUCGGAGACUACGUACGAUCUUCGACCUUUAGUCGAACAACAAAAAAAGAUCGUUGCUCAACGAAGAUUACCAGACCUUGAUGUAGCAAGGGCGCAUGAAGGGUUCGAUCAGGCUUUACAACAACUGCAACAAGUGAGUCAGCCCGAUUUUAGUCUGAAGUCAGAUAUAGCAAAGUGUGUCAAUAUUUUAGAUACUGAUGGAUGGCCAGCUAAGGAAUGUCUUCAUUUAGAUGAAUCCCAAUACGAAGCAGUUCAAACAGCUUUGACAAAGGAAUUUGUAAUAAUACAAGGACCACCAGGAACAGGAAAGACUUACAUUGGAUUACAAAUUGCCAGAGCGCUUUUGCAUAAUAGGAGUCAAUGGAUAGGAUCUCCGCAUGAAGAUGCAAGUGUUAAACCUAUGUUAAUAGUGUGUUACACGAAUCACGCUCUAGAUCAGUUUCUUGAAGGAAUUCAUAAGUUUUUCAAAGGAGACAUUUUACGAGUCGGCGGAAGGAGUAAAAGCAACAUCAUGGAGCGAUGCAACCUGAAACGAUACCGACAAUGUUUUGCAGAUAGACGCACAGCACUUGGAAAACUCCAACAGACGCGAUUGGAGACAAAGCAAGAACUGGAUCAACAUUCACAAGAUGUAUCCCUUUGGGCAAAAUCUCUCGAAUUGUACCAGAGUGAAAUAAUUCAUGAAAACUAUCUGUUCAAUGAAAUGAGUAGACGCUUUUACAACAACCUUAGGAGAAGAGGAGGAGACAGAAAUUCGUGCAUUGCAAAAUGGCUAGGUAUCGCUGCCAUUAUUGCAAAUGUGAAAAGGAAAAGCAAGGAUGGGAAACUAACACGUGAGUUAGAGCAGCUGUUUGUUAAAGUAGAAGAUGAACUCACUGAAAGAAGAAACUAUAUUCGUGGGGAUGACAGCGAAGAAAAUUAUAAGAUAUCUGAAAGAGAAAAGUCUGUAGUCAAACAAAUUCGCAAGAAAACAAUAGCAUUUUUUGUCGAAGAUAUUGUCAUUCCAGACACUGUUAAAAAUAAGGAGGAAAUACGGAAACUGAAAACAGAAAAGGACUUCAGAAGACAUUUGAAGAGUAUCGUACAGGCAAAAAUUACCUCACAAGACGUGAUGAGCCAAGACGAAGCAAACCGAAUAGGAGAUAUAUGGCGUAUCGACUAUAAUGAUAGAUGGCGACUUUAUCGCAUGUGGUUAAAACAGUUAUGUAGCAGCAUCUACAGUAAAAUUGAAAGUAAAAGAGUAGAUUACGAGGCGGCAUCAGAACGAUACCGUGACGCAUCUCUUGAGGAAGAUAAAGAAAUAAUGAGAACUGCAUCUGUCAUCGGAAUGACGACAUCCGGUGCGGCUAAAUAUCAGUCUGUUUUAAGAGAAAUAGAACCAAAAAUAAUCAUUGUUGAAGAAGCUGCUGAGGUCCUUGAAGCGCAUGUAGUUGCAACUCUAAGUAGAGGUUGUGAACAUCUUAUUCUGAUUGGAGACCACAAACAACUUAGGCCUAACCCAACUGUACACAGACUAGCUGUCCGUUACAAUUUAAAUAUAUCACUGUUUGAAAGAAUGGUCGAAAAUGGAAUCAAGUUCAACACCUUGGAAUUACAACACAGAAUGCGGCCGGAAAUUGCAGGGGUUAUCAGGCACAUUUAUCAUGAGCUGAAAGAUCAUGACAGUGUAAAGUCAUAUCCCAGUGUCAGAGGUAUCUCCACCAAUAUGUUUCUAAUACACCAUGAACAGCCAGAAGAAAAUAACGAAGAUAUUAGAAGUUAUUCGAAUCUCCACGAAGCACUUUUUGCUACAGCAUUGUGCCGCUAUCUUGUACUACAAGGCUACAACAAAGAACAGAUAACGGUUUUGACUACAUACACAGGUCAAUUGAUGUGCUUACGAAAACACAUGCCAUUUGAUGAAUUUGAAGGAGUGAGAGUUACAGUUGUUGACAACUAUCAAGGAGAGGAAAAUGAUUUCGUGAUUCUUUCACUCGUGCGGAGCAAUCAAGACAGCAAAAUAGGGUUUUUAAAAACAGAUAAUCGUAUAUGUGUCGCACUGUCAAGGGCUAAAAUCGGAUUUUAUGUCAUAGGAAAUUUUGUUCAACUCGCCGCAAAUUCAAGUUUAUGGAAGACGAUAGUUGAAGAUAUGAAAGAAAAGGGGAAAAUCGGGGAUCGGUUGAAGUUGUAUUGCCAAAAUCAUCCAACAGACGACGCAGUAGUCGCCCGCGAAGGCAAAGACUUUCAAAAGGCUCCUAAUGGCGGAUGUUCUAAGAAAUGUGAAGCAAGGUUAAACUGUGGACAUGUAUGUCAAAUGUUUUGUCAUGUUGCAGACACAGAGCAUAUACAAUACCAAUGUAGAAAGCCGUGUAAGAGAGUGAUCUGUAACGAUCACAAGUGCCCAGACGACUGUUACCAAACGUGUAGACCUUGUCAAGUUCCUGUCAUCAAGAUUAUUCCUGCAUGCAAACACGAACAGAGUGUUCAGUGCUUUUUAGAUCCAAAUGAGUUUGUUUGUCUGAUGCCAUGUGAAGGCAGCUUACCGUGUGGCCAUAAAUGCACCGAAGUUUGUGGAAAUCCACAUACAAAAAAAUGCAAAGUAGAAGUUAAACGGAUAUUGCCAUGCGGUCAUACUAUCUCAAUUGAGUGCUAUCGAAGAAAAGAGGCCAUUGAAUGCAAUUCACCGUGCCAGACGCUGUUGAAAUGUGAACAUUUUUGCGAAGGUACUUGCGGACAGUGCUUUAGGGGACGGGUACAUAUACCAUGUAAACAAAGUUGUAAACGAAUUUUGGUAUGCGGCCAUGAAUGCAGUGAUUUCUGUAGGAAUUGUCCACCUUGUAAAGCAAAAUGUGAGAACAGGUGUAUACAUAGCGUAUGUCAAAGUAACUGCGGCAAACUUUGUGUACAGUGUCAAGAGUCGUGUGAAUGGAACUGUGUGCAUUUUCAGUGUAACAAGCUGUGCUCCGAACCAUGUGACAGACCGAGAUGUAACGAACCGUGUCAAAAAUUAUUGCCGUGUAAUCAUCCUUGUAUGGGGUUAUGUGGCGAACCAUGUGCGGAAUUCUUCUGCAGAAAAUGUGACAUUGAAACAGUCACAGAACUUUUAUUUGGUGACGAAGAUGACCCAAAUGCAAGAUUCGUUUAUCUUGAGGACUGUGGGCAUAAUAUUGAAUCAAAAGCUAUGGAUACGUACAUGGACAUGAAAGACGAAGAGCAAGCUGUCCAGCUGAAAGGUUGUCCACGAUGUAAAACACCAAUACGAAGGUGUUUACGUUAUGGUACCGUUAUAAAAGAAAGUUUACAUCAAAUUGAAAGGGUAAAACAAGCUAAUCGAAACAAUUUAUCCGUUGAUAGUCUUAAAACAGCACUUAUAGACACAUUUAAGUCCGACCCGGUGUACACAGAAAUAGAAAGGGACCCAUAUUUGAAGCAUACAUGGAAAUAUUCUUCUUUCGAAGAGCGUUGUUCGCCUUUUAAGGAAAAUUCCAGAGAGCGUUACAAAGAACAUUAUAUGAAGUGGAGAUGCAUUAAAGUACUUUACGCCAGAUUAAAUAGGUACAAGAAGGAAAUGUGCUCAGAGGAUCAGAUAACUGCUAUCCAGAAUCAGCGUGUAUGUUUCGAUGCAGCGGUGGAAGUCAUUAAUAAAAUGGAACGGCAAACAAGCAAGAGACUUGUCAGCUCAGAAUGCGAAGGUGACCUUAUCUUGUUUUUCUCCAAUCUAUGUGAGCAGAUACUUACUAAAAGAGAUACUUUUUCUGAGCAGGAAUUUGAAGACUAUCAAAGAGAGGUACAACGAGGAAAUAACUACAUCAGAUUCCUAACAGUAAAAGAAGCAGUGAGCGUUGCAGGCAAGACAGAAGAUGCCAUGGAGCAUAUGCAAAGGAUAAAAGAUAUAUUACUGGAACCGGAAAGGUACACAGAUGAAAGGGCAUAUCAGGUGAAACAAGAAUUUGACAGACUGACUGAGCUUACAAAGAUAGAUGGACUGGAAAUCAGUGUAGGAGAACGGUUGGAAAUAAUUAAGUCGAUGGGACUGUCAAAAGGUCAUUGGUUCAAAUGUCCAAACAAUCACAUUUAUGCUAUCGGGGAAUGUGGUGGGGCAAUGGAACGCGGACGGUGUCCAGAAUGCAAAGAAGAAAUUGGCGGUGAGCAGCAUCGACUAACAGAUGGGAACAAAUUGGCCCCAGAGAUGGAUGGGGCAACAUUCGCUGCAUAUUCAGAGGAGGCAAAUAAUAUGGCGAACUUCGAUUUGAAUGAUUUACUGUAGGAAAAGAUACAGUACGAUUACAUCGUUUUAAUCAAACUCAGAUGAAAAACAUCAUAGUGUGCGUAUGUAACUGAACAUAUUAGUGAGUGAUUAUUUCUGUCAGAAAUUAAGCGAUGUAUGUGAAGUUCAUUGACUUCGGCAUACUCGAAGUCUGGCAUACUCGAAGUCUUUUUUUCUGUAUUUUUCUUAUUCGGUCGUUUUAGAUUUGCUAUACAGAAAUGGUAGUCUUAAUAGAGUACUAUUUAUCUGCUGAACAAUCUUUAUAUACCUAUUUUUCUACCUACAAAGGUAUAAGAUUCAUUUUUAUUACUAGUAAUUACAAAGUGAUUUUAUAAAACGCAUGCAUUUCAUCCAUAUUUUUACCGACACAACUUGCAAGGUGUUUUUUGUAGAAGUCCAUUUGAUUUUUAUACCCCUUCCCCCUUUGCAGGAGAGGGGGUAUAUUCCUUUUGUUCAUUUUCGGUAUAACAGUCGGCGGGUAGGCAAUUCGUUUUCAGAUCAAUAACUACAGAACCUUUGGUAUUAGAUUAGUUAAAUAUCAUAGGUUGAUUGCUUGUGUUGCAAUAUUGUAUCUGUUGUUUCUUGGGUCAGUAGGUCAAAGAUCAUGGUCACAGUAGCCUUGAAACUGGUCACUGAAAACGCUUUCCGCUCAAUAAGCAAAUACUGCUUUGGCCUAGAGUCGUCAGGACAAGGAUGAUUGCCUGCAAGGUCAAGAUCACAGUGACCUUGAGAUUGAAAACGGUCCCGAGUUAUAUAUUUUUUUCUUUGAUUAUAUAAUACAAUGUGACCAGUUUAUCAGUUUAAAAGGUGUAUGUGAUCUGUAUCAAGAUUUGUGAAAAAGUCAGAUAUUUAUUGUUCUGACCCUCUUGUAAUGUAUAUUGAUGUAUUGAAAUGUGAAAAAGGUACACUUAGUCUUAGUAAGUCAUUUAGCAGUGACAGUAUCAGAUGGGUAUUGCUUUAUAUGCAUGUUUAUAUAUAAGAGAUAUGAACGUUUAAACGGCUAACUGGUUAUCCUCUCGAACGUCCGGUUAUCGGUUAAUCAUCAACCCUAAUUGUUUCCUUAAAACUCUAAAUUUCAUAAGAAUAAUCUUCUUGAAAAAAAACAACUCAAUUCAUCCAAAUUCAAAAUCCGGCAAGCAUGAAAUAGCUCGUACGAUAUGAAAUGUGUUAAUCGUAAUCGCAGCACGUCAAUACGUAAAUGAUUUAUAUUUUAAACAUUUUACUGAUUAUAAAUGAUUAUGAGUCGGCAUCACGAACGAUCAUUUGAAACAAGUCAACACUUUACACCCUAAGCUUCAAACAGUAAAAUAACUAACUGAAAGUAUUUUUAUUUUCAAAAAUAUUACACUAUUAACUUUGUAAACAAUCUAGUAAUUGCAUAUAUUUCUAAGGGUGGCCAAAAUUAACUUUAUUAUGCCUCCUCCUAUGAAAAACGUCUUGUAAAAUUUGGUAUGAAUACACAAUAACACAUAUAUUUGAACUUUAUUAUUAAUAUACAAAUGUAGUUGAAAUUCGAUUAUCUCGAACUCGCAUAUCUCAAAAUUCCCGCAUUCUCGAAGACACGUGCACAAAAUAUAACAUUUAGUCGAAUUUCGGUUAUCUCAAAAUAAUGUUUGAUCUCUUGGAAUUCGAAAUGUCUUGAAAAAAAAUAAUCUAAAAAAAAUACCGUCCCGCAGUAAUAAUAACAUCUGAAGUAAUAAUAUUUAACAGACGUACAGUUCUGCCGGAGCUAAAAUGCUCAUAGGACAAAUACUAUAUUUGUAGCUGUUUUCCUGUUGAAUAAAUUGUCAUGAUGAUAUUUCUUUUCUGUUAUAGGUGUUUACGAAACUAGAAAUGCUCUGUACCAUUUGUUUAGUGUGUUAUGUAAUUCUGUAGAGACUUACUGUCUGCAGAGUUUGAAAUAAAUUAUUGAUUUACAUAAACUAUUGUCUCCUGUUGAGAAGUAACUUUCUGCUUUUGUCGGUAACUUCUAAUAGAAAACCAAAUUAGAUCACUGCACAUUAUUGAAACUAUAUUGAUUUUAUCAAUGCAUUUAUCUUACGAUCAAGUUUUCUGAAAACUGCCUUUUGUUCAUCCAUAUAAUAAUCGAUAACAAAUCUUUCUUCUAUUUACAUCGUAACUCACACUAAAUAAAGAAGUAGUUAGGACAGUUUUGUGUUCAGCCGUUGAUUUACAUUUUCUGAUACAGCUGUACUGAAAUGCAACCUUAAAGCUGGAGUGAAUAUUUAUAUACCUGUUUUUAAAAAGUACUAUAUUAGAUGUUUGAAAUUCCGCCUGUAAAUUUUGUAGACAUUAACGUUUAUUAUCGUUAAUGCCAUCUGUUUUUCCUUCCAAGGUUAAACAUAAUCUAACAGUAACGCACAAAAAAAUUAUUCAAAGUUCAAUAAUUCAUUUAAUACGUCUACAUCAAACAGUACAUGUUCUUACAUGUAUUAUAAUUAAAAUUUGAUAAAU